AGGAGGAUGCUGUGUAGACAUGGCGGCGUCCACGACUGAGAGAGAAAACAGUGUUGAUACACCACUCAAGCCUGCGAUGGCAGACUCUGAUCCCGAUCCGGAGGCUGAGGAUGGAGACCUUCCCGCCUACCUGGCGCAGUUUGUGGAGAAAGAGAUCGGCAGCGAUCUGAAAUCUCUGAAGAAAGUCAGCGGGCUACUGGAGAAGCUGACGGCGGAAAACAGGCUGUUAGAGGAACAGGUGCUGACGGUGUCGAGCUCGGUGCCCCUGCGUGUCUCCUCGGCGCUCUCGGCAGCGGAGGAGUCGCGGGUGCAUGUGGAGGCGCUACUCCAGAGGGAGAGGGUGCUGUCCAACACCCUGCAGCAGCACCUGCAGGGGGCGCAGGUCUGGGCGGACAGCCUGGGGCAGACGCUGGGGCAGCUGGACACCAUCGAGAGACACAUGAAGUACCUGCAGUGCCUGGCCCGCAUCGAGGAGCUCAGCGACAGCAUCCAGCAGUUCCUGAUGACGAGCAGUGUGUGGGAGGCGGUGGAGGCAGUGGGCAGCAUGGCCAGCCUGGACCUGGGUCUGCAGGAGUCCGGCUGCACUCACCUGCAGGCCUUCCUGAGGGAAACGCUGGCCUUCUGGCACAAGAUCCUCAAGGACCGGCUGGCCAGUGAUCUGGAGGAGGUUCUGACUCAGCUUCACUGGCCCUUCCUCUCUCCCCCGGUCUCCACGCUGUCUCCCCCUGCUAAUGCCCAGGAGCUGCACAGCCAGCUGGAGCUGCUGGUGCCUCAGCUUCUGUCUCUGCAGACGUCUGAUGACCUCAUCUCUGAGAAGAAGCCCCAGCCCUCGCGGGCGGGGCUGCCCCCGGCCUCACCCCUUUCCCUGCCCAUCCAGAUCAUGCUGCUUCCCCUUAGCAAGAGGUUCCGGUACCAUUUCACCGGACACCGCCAGACCAACUCACUCAGCAAGCCCGAGUGGUACCUGACCCAGGUUCUGAUGUGGAUGGGGAAUAACUCCAAAUUCAUGGAGGAGAAGAUCCAGCCCAUCCUGGACCGUGCUGGAGCCAAGAUAAAUGCGAAGGUGGAGCUGUGCCGUGGGCUCCUCUCCCUGGCACAGGAGAAGCUGGCGUACGACGCACCGCGGCUCCUCUAUGACGACGCUCUCUUCUGCCACUUGGUGGACGAGAUACUGCAGUUUGAGCGGGAGCUGCGCACCACCCACACGUAUCCCAGCAUGCUCCCCGGCGCCCUGCACAUCCUGUUAGAGGAGUCUGUCUUCCAGAAGUGGCUCAGCGUCGAGAGGAAGAUGGCGGUGGAGAAGGUGGAUGCCAUGCUGUCUGCAGAGGGGGCGUGGAGCUCCCAGUACAGGGACAUCAGCGACAUGGACGAGCUGAAGGCCCCCGACUGCGCCGAGACCUUCAUGACCCUACUGCUGGUCAUCACUGACCGGUACCGCUCCCUGCCCUGCUCACGGGCCCAGCUCAGCUUCCUGGCCCUACAGAGGGAGCUGGUGGACGAUUUUCGGAUCCGCCUCACGCAGGUGAUGAAGGAGGAGUCCCGCAACCCGCUGGGGGCGCGUUACUGCGCCAUCCUCAACGCCGUCAACUACAUCUCCACCGUGCUGAGCGACUGGGCUGACAACGUGUUCUUCCUGCAGCUGCAGCAGGCGGCCGUGUCCCUGGGGGAGGAGGUGUGGGGGCCCCUGGGGGCCACGGAGGCGGGGCGACUGGCCUCCCUGGAGGGCUCGCUGUUCGAGGGGCUGCUGGGAUUGCUGGAGAGGCUGAGAGGGGACAUGAUGGGGCGUCUGCUGGAGGCUGUGAUGCGGGAGGUGCGGGACAAGGCCCAGCCCUACUCCCGGGACAGGUGGCUGUCCUUGCCCUCCCAGAUGGACCAGGCCACCAUGUGCUUGUCCAGCUCUGCGUGUCCCAUGAUGCUUUGCCUGCGGGACCGGCUCCUGCAGCUGCAGCAGCUGCUGUGCCUGCCGCUGUUUCAGAGCUGCUGGCAGGGCCUGGCCGAGCGGCUCGACCACUUCAUCUACCAGGACGUGAUCCUGUAUAAUCACUUUAACGAGGGUGGAGCCGCUCAGCUGCAGUUUGACAUGACGAGAAACCUCUUCCCGCUGUUCGGACACUACUGCAAGAGACCCGAGAACUUCUUCAAGCAUGUGAAGGAGGCCUGCAUCGUCCUGACACUCUCCGUGGGCUCCGCCCUUUUGUUGCGGGAUGUCCUGAACCAGGAUGAGGAAGAGGAGGAGGCUCUGACGCCGGACACCCAGAGGCCCUCCCCGGAAUCAGCCCUGAAUGAGCUGGGGGUGUACCGGCUGGCCCCUGUGGAUGUGCAUAUCCUGCUGGGUUUAAGGGCGUCCUGGCCAGGGCAGUGAGGGGACUGGCCCAGACUCUCCCCGAGUGAAGAGAGGGCCACACUGCAACCAGCAAUGCAGCGGCCAAACAAGCCAAGCAGGCUCUCUCUGUUAGCGGUGACAGUGACUCUCCCUGUUAGCGGUGACAGUGACUCUCCCUGUUAGCGGUGACAGUGACUCUCUCUGUUAGCGGUGACAGUGACUCUCCCUGUUAGCGGUGACAGUGACUCUCCCUGUUAGUGGUGACAGUGACUCUCUCUGUUAGCGGUGACAGUGACUCUCUGUUAGCGGUGACAGUGACUCUCCCUGUUAGCGGUGACAGUGACUCUCUCUGUUAGCGGUGACAGUGACUCUCCCUGUUAGCGGUGACAGUGACUCUCCCUGUUAGUGGUGACAGUGACUCUCCCUGUUAGCGGUGACAGUGACUCUCUCUGUUAGCGGUGACAGUGACUCUGUGUUGAUUUGUGCUUAUGCAAGGGGGCCACACAGCGUGACUCAUCUCCAUGGAUACAACACUAUGGUGUGGUGGGCGGGUCGUAUCAACAGCUUCCCAAAUCAGCCGGUGACAUGUCUCUGCCUGCCUCGUUUAAAUAAGGAAGGAGUGUUUGCUGACUGCUGUUUCAGGUGGUUCUCAUUCAUUCCCACAUAGCUAGCAAUGCUUCCUAUCACUCAAAAGCAAUGGACAUAAUUAAGUUUAUAUAAUAAAUAAAUCAAUCCAGAAGUAUUUAUUUCCUGUAACGUGGUGCCUUGUGUUCCUACAGGUGGAAUAAAUAUGUUGAAGGGGAAAUAUGUGCAUCUGCGUGUGAGAGCAUAGUGUAUGUACCCCCUUUGUGCAUGUCAGAGUGUGGGCGGCUCCCGUCUCUGCCUGGGCUUGAUCCAGAGAAGGGUUUCAGUCUGUUACACAGAGUGCUAAAGCUCUAGCAACAUCUAUAAUAUCGAGCCCCAGCGUGAGGUGAAAGCACAGUGUGGUAUAAUGUCCUUUUCCUAAUGCAGAUAUCGUUUGCUUGUUUUUUUUGGGUGAGUUCACACCCACACUUCCCUCUAGUAGCGAGUGUCACUGUGGUUCUGCAGAAUCAGGAGGCUUAACAUACAGCUGCAGAGUUUUCCAACCCAACACUAGAAUUUUUAUAGUUGUGUUUAAGUUGAGAGCACAACAGGCGAACCACAAAAAUAAUACCAACUCUCAAUAAACUAUGGAGG